AUGCCAGGUAGAUAUCUCCUCCGAUGCGCACAAUCUACCUUUUAUCUCGUACACCAUUCCAACGAGAGUUCCAAGCUCAAAGACAAAUUGGAGCCUUCACACCCUACCAGAUCGUUAUCGGACAGUUGUCUUGGCAGUACGCCCAAAAUAGAAUGUACGACCGGACCUACAGUCCUGCGAAGCGUGAUCAACCCCAAUUGGAAACCCAAGAAAGAACGCAACGUGAACCAUCUAAGAUGUACUACACUCUCCGAGAGGCGGAGGUUGGUGGAAGUUGAAGAAGAAAUUCAUGAGGAUACGGAAAUUCCAUUUGAACUCGAUGAGAAUUUACCUACAAGUCCAUCAUUCGCUUCACCGGCUCACUCACUAUUGACCACACCGACAUUCCCUAAUUCACCUACCAUCAGCGAUCCCUUUGACUUUGGAAGUUACGGCUCGGGAUGCGAGCAUGAAGAAUGUAUCGAUCCUUCUUUAUGUUCCAUGUCUUACGGAUCUUCAUUCAAUCUUAACCAUGCUUCAAGCUCGCGUUCAUUCAUGAAUAAAGUCCAAUUCGCGAAUUCGCCGAUAUACCAAUACCAAGAGGAAGAACAAUGUAGCUGGGCAUCAUCACCUAUCUUACCUUCUAAACUCGCUUACGGACGAAAAGGAAGUAACGAUUCGACCUGUUCUCAGAAUACCGACUCGACAUCCAAUUCAGACUUGGUUAGCGAUACGAACGCCGAGGACGAGCGUCCGCAAGAUGAUUUAUCGAAUAUCUUAAGUGGUUGUGGAAGUUUGAUCGAUGAUGCUUCUGAUUCAUUCUUACAACCUACAUCAUCAUUAUCAUCACCUUCGUUGUCACAUCAGAGACAGUACUCUUCAUGUUUAUUCUUACAUGAUCGAGCCAAACAAAUGAAGAUCAAUCAAUCUUAUUCCCUAUCAUCAAGUACGACAUCACCUAUUCAUUCGCCAAGGUCGGAUGAGAAUACAAUAAAGAGUGUGGGGUUCAAACCUUCACCACCUCAACAGGUUCAAAGAUUACUUGAACAAUCUCGACUAUCCUUAAGCACUAGUAGUAGUAAAAGUCAGAGGAGGUUGAGCAUGAUAAGAGAAUCGGAGUAG